AUGGUGCUAGCUAGUCUAGCACGUUAUCAGACACGACACGGUGCCGGGAGGUCUAUUCCUUAUCUUGGACAUUUGCCAACAGAUUUAAUUGGACGGUCAAUAUUGGCAUUCGUCUAUGCUCCCGAUGUUCAUGUUGUUCGCCAAGCUCAUGUUGAUUACGCGAACGUUCUGGAUUCUCCGGCCAACGGUCCAAUCGCUGCACGUGCUGCCGAAACCUAUGGCCAAGACCUUUGA